AACACUCCAUCCAACAUGGACCUCACUCCCAUCAGGAUCCGUGGUCGUCGCAAGCGAGGUCGCACGUCUGAGAAUAAAGACGUGUCCCUUAAGAUCCUUGACCGACCAUGGAAGACUGCACGCUUCAACCAAAAAACAAAACGAGAUCCAACUAUAUCAAAGUUUGAGCAGCUGCCUACUGAGCUCGUCCAAGUGAUCUUCCAGUCCUGCCAAAACAUAAGCUUGCCUCUGUCGUCGUAUAUCUUUGCUCGCGACCUGUCAUAUCGCCACACUUAUCUUCGCUUUGCCGUCGACACCCUUGAGCAUGAUGGUAACAGCGAAGACAAGACUGCAGAUGCCGCCGCAGUCUCCCGCAUGCUACAAUGCAAGUGGAUGACCUGGGAUCUGUUCAAGGACACCGUACAAGGAAUACACAGAAGAAGAUCACCGCCAUCACGCAACUCAUCACCCUCCGAUUCAGAUACAGACGACAGCGACAAUGACGACGAGGAAGAACAACGACCCCCAAUCCCAGUCCCCAACUUCUCUCACCCACAGAACCAACCUCGCCUCCCCUAUCUCACCCUGUCCCCUGCAGUCCAACUUCCCCAAUCCCUCCUCCACGAACCUUGGACAACGCCAAAACUCGACUUUCUCAAAUACCUCAUCUGGUCAGGCUGCAGCAUCGACUGGGCAUCCUCCUCUCGCGGCGAAACCGCCACCGCAGGCCUCGCAACAGCAAUCUCAUCCCACUCUCACACGGCCGUCGCACUCCUCUGCUGUCCCUCCAUAAACGUCAUCCCCGACACAACAACAAUAAAAAUCGCGGUCAUGGACCACAACUGCAAUCCCAGUGUCGUAUUCUAUCUCAUUGCCGCUGCAUUGCGUGCUCACAUAAUUUCUCGAGCGUCAGGGGAUGCAGCCCCGGAUGUCAAUUUCAGAGAUCCGAGUUUGUGGCAUUGGGUGGAAAGAGUGGAAAAAGCUGGGAAUAAANAGGGGAGGUGGUUGAAGGAUGUGCUGAGGUUUGCGGGCGAUAGGAUGAGGGCGAGCAGUUGGGAUGAAGAGGCUUUUGAGGAGUUUAGACGUGCUGGGGGCAGAGAGGAGGAUGGGGUUGUUAGGGUUGAUGUUCCUAUUGUUGAGGUGGUGGAUGAAGAGAGCGCAGAUGCUGCUGGGACGUAG